UCACGCAUGUAGAUCAGCCGCCGCUUUUGGCCGAGGUUCGAGCUUCGGAAGAACGGCUCAGUAUAUGUUUUUAAUUUAACGCUGAGGAUACACCGAGUGCGUAAUCUGUACGGUAUGGCAUGUGGAGCCUCCUCCCUGAGCAUCCACGCCUUACGUUUGGGUCCGGGGCAGGAGAUCCUCAGCUCCCUGCUUAGAGUUGUGGAUGAGAGGAGGCUUAGGGCCCCGUUCAUCCUCACUUGUGUGGGCAGCGUCACCAAGGCAACGCUCCGGCUGGCCAACGCCACCGCAGGAAACACCAAUGAGGUGAUUCACCUUCAAGGUCGGUUUGAGAUCGUCUCUCUGGUCGGAACCCUGAACAAGGAGGCCCACCUACACAUCUGCCUGGCAGACAAGGAGGGGAAGACAGUUGGUGGGCACGUCCUGGGCGACCUGGAGGUGUUCACAACGGCCGAAGUCGUUCUUGGUGAGGCCGAGAACCUGCAGUUCAGCCGAGAGAUGGACCACCGCACUGGCUUCCCGGAGCUCGUGGUGGCAUCCCGCCCAGAAGAGCCCUAGUCAGUCCCCCCCCCCAGGGCCAUCACAGCCCCUUUCCUCCCAGCCCCUGGCAAAAAAGUGAAUAAAUUGGACUGGUGCUCCGCUGCCUGCUUCUCCUUACUGAUCCUGCUACUUUGAUCCAGGCUGUUUGAUCAGUUCUUCCACGAGGAAAAGCAGGGGGAGGGAGAGCCUACAGAGCAACUUCUCAAAUGCGCUGUCACUGAUGUGUGCCUUUGCCAGCAGUCGAUUGUUUAAAAUGAAUUGUGUGUGUCUCGUCUGCUUAGAGUGGUAAUUUUCUUGGAUUUCUAGACAGAGAGAAAAAACUGUGGUGGGGCUGCCUAGUGUGUGUGUGUGUGUGUGUGUGUGUUUGUCUGCAGUGUAACAGUAGACACAAAACUAUAAGGUACUGAAAAUUUGCAAAAAAAAUUAAAAUUACAGUCACAUAUUUGCCCUUGGAAUAUGGAAUUAUGAAAACUCCAUUAUUUGUUCAACUGGCCAUCCAUUGCAGGAGCCUUUUGUGCUCAUUCCCUUUGUGUGUGUUUUUUCAGUCAUUUCACAUAAGUUAAACACUAUACAGCGAUUGCCAUGAUUAUUAAAGGUGGAAUUGUACAUGUAUUUCCUAUAAAAGUAUGAAUGAGUGAUGCAUGCUGAAACUCUAAUAUAUACAGCAAUGUGACAUUGCAGCCUGGUGUAAGUGGAAGAGCAUGUCUCAUUAACAACCCUUGAAAACAUGCUUUUU